GAUGAGAAUGGCAUACAGGGACUUGACAGUGACUAGAGCAGAAGAUCCACCAAUAUCUUUUUUCUUCAGCUCAAACUAUUGCAUGAUUGUAAUGGGGGAAGAUCUUUUGUGUCUUUGAGACAGAGGGCUCAUGAUCACUGAACAAUGAAGAUGCUUGGAAGUCACCACUGAAGUAGGAUAGGAUCUCUCCAGAGUCAAAGGCAUUUCUGUCCAUCUAUCUGCCUUCUAGUUCCUUGCAAAGGAACUUAAAGCAUCUAAACUGUGACAUCUCUCCUUCCUUCGUUCUUAAGUUUGGGCCCCAGGAGGGGCUAAAGAAUGGAGACCUUGAGUGGGAUAUCUUCGUGAGAAAGCUCAGAUCUCAAAGAACCAUGGACAGAGAUUUGCUAAUACCCAACUCCUGGGACCCUGACGCUAUUGGGGAGGGUCCCUGCUGGAAAGAGCGUCAUUACUUCCGCUGCAGGACUAGAGCUAUCUUUUCUGCAAAAUACCUGGAUUUUCUUUGAUGGAAGAUUCUGGGAUGCAGAAGCAUUUGGAAGUUCUCCUGAGCAAAUAUGGAGUCAGUGUGGACUUAGGCCUCCUGUCAGAGAAAACUGCCCCAGAAAGAUUGACCAACUUACUGUUAAUUGAAGGCUUGACAGAUCUCCAACUAAAAGAGCAUGACUUCACCCAGAUUGAGACCACUCGGGGCCAGAGGCACGUGUCCAAAACAAUCCCCCUGGAGCGACUCUUCUUACCUCUCUCCCGAGUUUCCAUUCCUCCCCGGAUCUCUGUGACUGUUGGGGUGGCUGGCAUUGGCAAGACCACACUGGUGACCCAGUACGUCUCCAUGUGGGCCAGAGGGGAGAUCAGUAAGGACAUCUCUGUAGUGUUGCCUUUGAAUUUCCGGGAACUCAACAUUUACGAGAAGCUGUCUGCAGAGAGACUCAUUCGCUCAGCCUUUCCCCACAUCAGUGAAACAGGGCUGACAUUCUUAGGUUCCGGGCAGGUCUUGAUGAUUCUAGAUGGGCUGGAUGAAUUUAAAGUACCUCUGGAUUUUUCCAACACGCUGGCUUGCACAGACCCUAAGAAAGAAAUCCCCGUGGACAAUCUUAUCACUAACAUCAUCCGCGGGAACCUCUUCCCAGAAGUUUCAGUCUGGGUGACGUCCCGCCCGACGGCUGCCAGUCAGAUUCCAGGAGGGUUGGUGGACCGGAUGACUGAGAUCCGGGGAUUCAAUGAGGGGGAGAUCCAGAGCUAUUUGAGCCAGAUGUUUCCUGAUAGCCACGGCCUCCCGGACCAAAUCCUAAGUCAGGUCCAGGCCAACAAAGCCCUGUACCUGAUGUGCACGGUCCCUUCCUUCUGCCAGCUCUGCGGGACAGUGCUGGGUUACCUGGUCAGGAACGGCCUGGGAUGCCAGACCUCCGAGCUGGCGCCUCCGAGGACCCUCUCUGAGAUCUACGCGUGGUACUUCAAGAUGGCCCUGUGUGGGGAGGCGCAGGACAGGCUGAGGGAAAGCCCAAGGAUUGAGCAGGCUGUCCACAGCGGGAGGAAGAUGAUGGGGACCUUGGGCCGAAUGGCCUUCCACGGCCUCCUCAGGAAGAAGUAUGUCUUUUAUGAGCAGGAUAUGAAAGCGUUUGGCGUUGACCUCCCCCUUUUGCAGAGCAGCCUGUGUGGCUGCUUCCUCCUGCGGGAAGACACCGCGGGGUCCUCCGCCUACCGCUUCGUGCACCUCACCUUGCAAGAAUUUGCAGCUGCUGCUUAUUACUACAGUGCAGCCAAGAGGGCCAUCUUUGACCUCUUCACGGAGAACGGCAUGUCCUGGCCCAAGCUUGGCUUCCUCACCCACUUCAAGAGCGCCGUGCAGCGGGCCCUCCAGGAGGACCACGGGCAACUGGAUGUGUUCUUACGCUUCCUCUCAGGCCUCCUCUCCCCUCGCGUCAACUCGCUGCUGGCGGGCUGGUUCCUGGGGCGGGACGAGCACUGCAGCUACCGCGCCCAGGCCGUGGCCCACCUGCAGGGCCAGCUCAGGGCCGACGCCCCCGUCUCCUCGGGCACGGUGAAUGCCCUGCGGUGCCUGCAUGAGCUGCAGCACACGGAGCUGGCCGGGGCCGUGGAGGAGGCCCUCAAGAGUGAGAGCCUGGCUGGGCAGCUGGACCCCAUGCGCCGCUCCGCCCUGGCCUACCUCCUGCAGGUCUCUGAGGUCUGCGCCCAGGAGACCAGCCUCACCAGGUGCCUCAACUACGCCAUCCUCAAGAGCCUGCUGCCCCAGCUCCUCUACUGCAGGAGCCUCAGGCUGGAUAACAACCAAUUUCAAGACAAUGUGAUGGAGUUGCUGGGCAGUGUACUGAGCAGCAAGGAUUGCCAUAUUCAGAAAAUCAGCUUGGCUGAGAAUCAGAUCCACAACAAAGGGACCAAAGCUCUAGCCAGAUCCCUCCUGGUCAACAGAAGUCUCACUGUCUUGGAUCUUCGAAAUAAUUCCAUCGGACCACAAGGAACUAAGGCCCUGGCAGAUUCUUUGAAGAUUAACAGGGUCUUGAUAUCUCUGAGUCUCCAAAAUAAUGUCAUCAAAGAUGAGGGGGCCAAGUUCAUUGCAGAUGCCCUGAUGGUGAACCACAUGCUCUCUGUGCUGCACUUACAAAAGAACUCCAUCGGGCCUCUUGGAGCCAAGCCAAUUGCGGAUGCGCUGAAGAAAAAUGGGAGCCUGAAAGAACUCAUGUUGUCUAGUAACAGUGUGGGAAAUGAUGGCUCCAAAGCCCUGGCAGAGGCACUGAAGGUGAACCAAGGCCUCAUCACCCUGGACCUUCAGAGCAAUUCGAUCAGUGACGCUGGGGUGGCUGCCUUGACAUGUGCUCUCUGUACAAAUCGCACUCUCCUCAGCCUUAACCUCCGAGAAAACUCUAUCAGUCCAGAUGGAGCUCAGGAGAUCGCCAGUGCUCUGCGCAGCAAUCAGGCCCUCCAGAACUUGGACCUGACAGCCAAUCUUCUCCAUGAUCAGGGUGCACAGGCCAUUGCAGCAGCGGUGAAAGAGAAUCGAGUGCUCAGAACACUCCACUUACAAUGGAAUUUCAUCCAGGUCAAUGCUGCCAAGGCCCUGGGUCAAGCACUACAAUUCAACCGAAGCCUGACCAGUUUAGAUUUGCAGGAAAAUGCAAUUGGAGAUGAAGGAAUGAUGGCCCUCGCCAGGGCACUGAAGAUGAACACAAGUCUCACGGCUCUCUAUCUUCAGGUGGCCUCUAUUGGAGUACUUGGGGCCCAAGCACUAGGUGAUGCAUUGGCUGUGAAUAGGACCUUGGAAAUUUUGGACUUAAGAGGAAACUCCAUUGGGGCAGCUGGAGCGAAGGCCAUAGCUAAUGCCUUGAAGAUAAACUCCAGUCUUCGGAUGCUCAAUCUUCAAGAGAACUCCUUAGGAAUGGAUGGAGCCAUCUGCAUCGCCACUGCACUGACCAGCAACCAUGGGUUCAAGCAUAUCAAUCUCCAGGGAAACCACAUCGGAGAAUCAGGUGCCAGGAUGAUCUCAGAAGCCAUCAAGACAAAUGCCCCAGAUUGUAUUGUUGAGAUGUGACCCAUAAUUUCUGAUGGAACUUUCUGAUGGACUGAGCAGAACAGGGAAGAAAUUAAGCAGGAAAUCUGGUUAAGACUCUUUAAACAAGUGGUAGCCUGAAGGUCAGUGCUUAUUGAUCCUAUGGAAGCACUUUCAAAGAGAGGUUAUCAUCUACCUCUAGAAGUGAGCAUAAGCACAGGAAUAGCAAUGACUAAUAAAACUGCAUAAACAGGGUGAAUUCUUCCAUGGAUAGGCUCUGGGAUUGUGAUUUAAGGGUUCAGCUACUUUAAUAAUAGAGGAAGCUGGUUUGCCAUGAAUAAACAUAACACUGUUAAAAAAAUCAAUCUGACAUGUAGCAGAGGAAACAUUCUUCGAUUCUUCCAAACACCACAAGUCUCUCAAUUCCUCAAGAAACAUGGAAAAACCAUUUUGACAUGGUUGUAAGAUUUUGGAGACAAAAAAUAUUAGUAUUUUCCCCAAUUUUCCACCACACCAACCAGUACUAAGCAAAUUCUUCAAAGAUAAAUGCAGGUGACCUAGUGGAUUGCAAACGCAGUAUAUGUCAGCAAUGUGAUAUGGCAAUAGGAAAAAAAAAUUUGUUCUGCCUUAUUAGCAGAACAAAGACGGUACUAAUCCUGACACACUCAGGAUCAGAUGAUAACUGAAAUACACCAAGUUCUUGGUGCCAUAUUUUAUAAAAUUUUAUCAUUUUUUAAUGGGAAACUUAAAACAUAUCCAGAGCAGUGUAAGCAGGAUUUUUUAAAAACCUCCCAGCUCUUUUUGGGGGUUCAGAAGAUCUAAGAUUUCAUGUGUGUGUAAACUACUUCUACAAACUAACUCAUUUGUAAUUUAAGAGUCUUAGACCCUUUAUGGAAGUCUUUCAGAUGAACUUUUUUCAUCAGCCAAAAGAGUUGUCACUUUAGACAAUGUUCUUGCCCCACUGGUUUGGAGAAAUGCCUCAGUUUUUGCUUUGUUUCCAGAGCUCCACAAGUAACCACUGAUUGCUUUGUAACUAAACCCCUCAUUUUUGUUAAAAUGCCAUAUCAAGAACAGGUGAAAGAAAUGGGGAUGUUUUGCUUGAAUAAGACUUGGAUGAUAAAGGGAUAAAAUUGCUGUUUUCAAAUAUGUGAUGAGGUAUCCCGGAGUGGAUGAAUUCAAUUUGUUUUGGCUUUGGCUAGCACCGAUGAAUGAAAGCACAUAGGAAAAACUUUAGAACAAAGAUACUUCCUCACAAAUGAAGCUGCCUAAAAUUGAAAUGGAAUAUCUUAGGAGGCAGUGCACUAUUUCUAACUGGAGAGUUUUAAGGAUAAGACCAAUGUUCCAGAUAGGGAUUGGACUAAAUAAUUCCUAAAUGAGGGUUUUUUCUAUUUUAGAAUUCUGUAAUUUUGAUUUAACACACUAUGGAAUAUAAGAUGUGUUGUGUCCUACUUUCUAGAGCCCCCAGGUUGGGUGACAAAAUGUACCAUUGCUUUCUAGAGCCCCCACAGCGGGGUGAUUAAAAUAUCCUGCUUUCUAGAGUCCCCAAGUUGAGGUGACAAAACAUACCAGUUUUCUCUAGAGCCCCCACAGCGGGGUGAUUGAAAUAUCCUGCUUUCUAGAGCCCCCAAGUUGAGGUGACAAAACAUACCAGUUUUCUCUUGCGCCCCCACAUCGGGGUGAUUAAAAUAUCCUGCUUUCUAGAGCCCCCAAGUUGAGGUGACAAAAUGUACUAUGCUUUCUAAAGCCCCCACACUGGGGUGAUUGAAAUAAUCUGCUUUCUAGAGCCCCUAAGUUGGGGUGACAAAAUGUACUGUGCUUUCUAGAGUCCCCAUACCAGGGUGAUUAAAAUAUCCUGUUUUCUAGAGCUCCCAAACUGGGGUGACAAAAUGUACUGUGCUUUCUAGAGCCCCCACACCAGGGUGAUUAUACCUUCCUAAUGGAGAAGUGAUGAGGCGGAACUCCUGAGGAUAGUGGAAAAAUAGAGACCAUUUAGUUCAAGGACUUCCCCUUUUUAUACCCUCAUACCCUUAUGAAACAAAAACACUGAGCAUGUGCCCAGUAUAUACUGCACAUGUAGGACCACAUAACUUGCUAUUAUAUGUAGAUUGUCACCUGGAAUCACUCUGCUUCAAUCUCAACACAGGUUGUCACUGUCUUCUGAUUUCUCAGGAAGGCCAAGAGCCCUUGGGGAAGAUGGGGAGCCAAACCAGACAUUGUCAGCAGGUUCCCUCUGGGCUGAAGGGCCUUAUACCUCACCCAAAGGGUCGGUCUGUGACCCUCUACAAUGAUGUUAAAAUGUAACAAUAAUGAAAAUUUGUUGGGCCUCAAUAGAUCACACCAGAUCACUAGAAACCUCUAUAUCAAAGGCAGAGGAUCUGUCAAAAAGCAUUAAUUCCCACAAAUAGUUGUGCUGCUGGGAAAAAAAUCAAAUAAGAUACUUCAGAUCUACUCAAUCAAAUCAAUGAGAAUGACUGUGUAUGAAGACUAUAAAAUGAUACUCAUUUUUAGUUUGAACAGGAAAUCAUUAGGGCUGUAAUAUAGGGCAAGUACAAAAAACAUGUCAACCUGCUCACAUUUUCCUGUCACCUUCUAAAAAGGACACUGGUAUUACAAUCAGCAAGUCUCCUUUUACAAGAUUUUGGCAGAAAAUGUUACUUGGGUCUUCAAAGUAGUUAUACUUUAGUCAUAUAUAAAUGACAAUCCUGGCUUGAGAGCCAUUAAUACUCAGCCAUCUCUUUUUGUCACAGCAUUCUUUUUUUUUUUAAUUAUUUUAUUGAUAUUUUGUUUUACUAUAACAAUUCCAAAAAAGUUCUUACCUAACCCUUAAAAAAUGGUUAAGCAAAACUGCCUAAUGUAGCUUAGAGAGCACAUGACUUUGUUUCUAUAAUUUACCAUUCCUAAAUAAAAAUAAAAUGUGCUCCAACAUCAGGCAUCUGGAAACACUAUUUUGUUUCAUAUAAAUCCUUCAUAAUCUUUCCUUACAUUGUAAAAAUAUUUCAUUACAAUCAUAGGCCACAAUUUUAUUCCCCACCAACUGAUAAGACAUAAUUUAUUUCUAGAUUUUUCUUACUAUAAAGAAUGUUACGAAUAUUUAUUUUAGUACCAAUGAGUAUCUCAUUGGCCACUUUCAAUUCUAAGAAAAACUGAAUAUAAAUCUAGUAACAGGAUUAUUUUUUAGGUCAAAUUUUAAUAAAAUUUUUUCUUGUAUAAUUGUAAAUAUUUUCCCAUAAAGGUUGAAUAAUUUAGUUUCGCUCAUUGUUAUCAGUGUGUCUUUCUUACUACAGCUCGAAUUUUUAUUUUCAAUUGCUGCCAUUUUUGGCAAUUUGAUGGUUGGAAGGAGAUACUUCAGUUGAUACUACACUCAAGAUUAAUUUUAUUCUCUUAAUUCCUUUCUUUUAAAGCUUCUCAGGACUAUGAGUUAUCCUUUAGAAAAUGUUCUAAGGAACUGCUCUUAAAUACAGAAGCUAAUAUUUGAUCAUCAGCUGGCUCCAGAGAAAUAAACCAAAUUGUCUUUAUUAAAAUAAAAAUUGCAUAAAAAAUGUGAUUUUUAAAAAACCCUAGUGCUUACGUGAUAAUUUAAAAAUAAAAUCCUUUCAUUUUCUCAACAAUUGGUGUAAACACAAAAAAUUCUUCUGUAUGAUACUUGCAAAUAUGAAUGUUUAGGUAGAAUGAUUUUAUAAAAAAAAUUAUAUAUUGUAAAGCAAUGCACACAAACAGCCUAAGAAGAAAAAAAGUUAGUAUGGGUAUAUUUUAGGUCCCAGAACACCGGGUCCUUAAAAGUACCAGCACAUUCCCUGCUUUCUCCUAAAAGUUAAGUAAUUCAUUCACAUCCCAAGGUUCUCAUCAGUGUAACAGGCCAUUCUUUGUCUACCAAGAUGUCAGGGUUGACUUACCAUCACUUAAGACAUUUGGUUUUGAGUUUUUUCUAGAGUAGAGGAGUUAGGAUAGUUUGCUCUUGUGGCAAACAUCACAUAUUUGUUGAUUGACUUGAGUAAAUUCAACUCAACAGGAAUCUAUUUAGUGCCAAUUACGUACAAGACAUUGUAGUAGGCAAAAAUAAGAAUAGUUCUUGCCCUCAAGAAACUUCUUAUAAUCCUACAGCUAUGAACAAAGCAAAACUAAUUGGCCCAACAAGAAUCACAUUCACAAUAUUGGUCUCAGCUUCCCAUCCUCAACUAUUCCUACUGAGUACAUCUUUUUCAAACUGUAGAGAUGGUAUUUAGGAAAAAGUUGUGCAGAGAGCCCUGGAUUGAUGGUCAAACCACCUUGCUUCUCAAAUCUCAGCCCUACCAUUUAUUAAGUCAAUGUGUGACCUUGGGCAAAAUCUCUUUCCAAUGUGUGAUGAGGGGAUUAGACAGUUGCGUUGUUUUUUUUUUUUAUUCAAUGAGUCUAAGAUUAACAUACAGGCUCCAAAAAUUUUUAGAAUUCCUAUAUUAGUCACAAAUAAACAUGGAAAUCUUGUAUAACAAUGUAUUUACUAAUGGUAAACUAUUAUCAUACCUAAUCUAUAAAUGAAUUAAAGCUCAGCAAAGUCAAACAAUUUGUUCACUAUUAAAUGACUAAUAAGUGGUAAAGGUAGCUGGGUGCACUUCUAGGAGUGGGCACAGAACUGGGGCUAAGUAGUUUCAAUGGCCAAAAAGAAAAAUCACAGAAUUGGCUGCUUAACUAUACUUCUUUAAUGUCAAGCCUUUUUCCUGCCAGAAAGAUGCAAUCUCCUAGCAUGGGAGAGAGAGUGCUGAGACAUAAGAGUCAAGAGACCCAGCCUUUAGGUCCUAAUUUCUAUCUCACUAGUCUGGGCCAUGAGGACCUCAGUUCUCUCCAUCUGUGAAAUGAAGUUGGAUAAGAUGAUCCCUAAGGUCUCUUCCACCUCAAAUCCUUUUAAAAAAGAUUUAUUUUAUCAAGUGCUUAACACUGAACAUCAUAAUAUGACCAACUAAAUUUGCUUACUAGCAACUUAUAUUUUAAAUCAAUUAAGAACCAUAAUUUUUCAAUCAUUCCCAUUAAGUCUUCAGUAGACUUUAUACUACCUUGAACUUGAAGCUUGAACACCUUCAAUAAUGAUCAGCUAAUUUAGUUAAAAUAAUGGAUAUUACUUUCCCAAACAUCUCACCACAGAUUUACCUAUGUUGUGUUUAAUUUGCAUAGGGGCCAGGAGGAGUAAGCUAGAAAUCAUUGUCACUCUCAUCUAGCAGCUCAGGUUUCUGGGCCCUAUGAUUUGGCUUAGUUGGGGAGAGAGCUAUGCUUUCAUCUUCCAGAUCAUCAUCAUCAUCUUUAUCUUCCAUAUCAUAUUCUUUGUUGGUCCAUUCAUUCUUAUUCACUCUUCUUCUAUGCUUGUGAUUACUAUGUACUUCAUUUUUCUGAUGGUGGGACAGUUUUUUUAAAACUUUGUAUCAAUUUCAAAGGUUUGUCUGAUUUUAUUUUCAUUAGUCUGAAUUGUUUUGUAGUGUUCCAAUCCAUAUCUUAACUAUUCCACCUGUGGUCAUACAUUUAGAUUGUUUCUCUUUUUUGAGAUUAAAUAUAAUGCUACAAAAAUCA